UGAGUUGAAAUCAUAAUUCAAUAUGGUAUCAGAGCACGGAGAUCCGUGUCUUCCUCUUUCUCGAUAACACGAAGAAAAAAUAAACAAAUCGGCCCAGCCGAUUGUUCCGUCUUCUCUCCUCCACGCCGACGACUUGGUCUCUACCAAUCGGCCAUGGCUUCUCUCUCUUCUGAUCCCAUGGAUCGUCUGCCUACGGGUCUCAAAUUGUUUUUCCGGAAUCUUCAGUCUCUAACUCCGGUCAAACUUGAUGAUACCAAUUAUCCUUCUUGGUCAGCCACGGUUCGCGCCAAUCUCAUCGCUCAUCGUCUCUUCAGUUAUGUUGAUGGUUCCGAAGUGCCUCUUCCAUCUCUUGUUUUGGACAAGAAAGCCGCCGCCCCUGGAAAGGAUGAACCACCGGUUAUGAAACCCAAUCCUGCUUAUGACUCAUGGGUGCUCGUUGAUGCUCAAAUUCAGGCAUGUCUUCUUGCUAUUGUUUCUCCAACCGUUCAGACUCAUAUUCAUGCUCGUCCAACCUCUGCUGCAAUCUGGAAUCAUCUAGAACCACGGUACAAUUCUCUUUUGCGUACUCAUAUUUUUCAAUUGAAGGAGCGCUUGCAUAGCAUUCAAAAGGGUACCGAUUCAAUGCAAACAUAUCUGGACACUGUUCUUACUAUUGUCUCAUCUCUUAAACUAGCUCAUGAGGACAUCUCUGGACAAGAUAUUAUCUUGUGUGUGCUUCGUGGCCUCCCGGCGGACUACGCCUCGCUCAAACAAAACAUUCGCACUAAUAUUGCAACAGUCACUUUUAAUCAAGUGUCUGUGUGGUUGCUCUUUGAAGAAUUAAAUCUCACCUUUGAGAACCUUGGUGACUCUGGUUCUCCCUCGCCAACAAAUCUUCACCAUCCAUUAUUCACCAACUCAGGACGGGGUACUGGCCGGGGUCGUGGCAGUGGGCCAUAUCGUGGCCAUGGUGGGCCCUCCCGUGGCAAUAGCUACAGCGGCAGAGGAGGCCGGCAGCCCUCCUACCAUGCGGAUCAGCGGGGUCGCGGUGGUGGACGUGGGGCCGGCAUCAAGUGUCAAUUGUGUGGGAUGACUGGCCAUGCGGUCUGGAAUUAUCGGCACCGCUACGAUGAAUCCUAUUCCGAUCCUCCACAGGCAUACUAUACCAACCAAUCUGCUGAAACCAAUCCAAAGUGGCAUCUGGACACUGGAGCGAACACUCAUGUGACGUCUGAUUUUUCUCGACUACAUACUUCUUCACCCUACCAUGGCACCAACCCUAUUCCAACUGUGGGAGGUAAUACUUAUCCUAUUGACCAUACAGGCUCAGGUAUUCCAACCACUCCAAACCAUACCUUUACAUUAACCAAUCUUCUUCAUUCUCCUAAUAUUAAUUCUCACCUACUUUCUGUUCAUCAAUUUACCAAAGAUAAUAACGGUUCUCUACUUUUCACUUCCAAGGAUUUUAUGAUUCGGGACAACACCACCAACCAAGUUCUUUUCAAGGGCCCUUGUGAGCAUGGCUUAUAUUCACUCCCUGCCUCCAGUUCGCCACCAGUGGUCAAUUCAGUCAAAGUUACUCCCUAGCAAUGGCACUGCCGUCUUGGUCAUCCUUCCAUUCAAAUCACUAAGUCUCUGUUAUCUCAAUUGGGUUUUAAAUUUCAGGAACUUGAUCAUUGUAAUUCUUGUUCCGUUUCUAAAUCUCAUAAACUCCUCUUCCUUGUGUCGCAAACAAAAGCGUUUGUCCCUU